AUGAGUGAAAUCCCAUCGACAGACGCCGAAUGGGCGGAGAAGAUAGCCAACAUGAAGAAGCAGCUGCCCAAACGUUCCCUUUCCCAGCCGCCAAUUCCAACACAAAUCAACCGCACGAUAGACCACACCCUCCUAGUGACCCCAACGGACCCCACACAGAUCGACAGUCUGUGCAAAGAAGCCCUUGAAUACGAGUUCGCCGCCGUAUGCGUACGACUUGAGCACGUCGCCCGCGCAGCAAGCCACGUCAAAGGCACGAAGACAGGACUUGCAUGUGUGGUCGGCUUCCCGGAGGGCACGCACCCAACAGCCGAGAAAGUGCGCGAGGCCAAAGAGGCCGUAGCGCAGGGCGCGACCGAACUCGACAUGGUCAUCCGGUACAACCUGCUGAAAGAAGGCCGGUACACGGAAGUGUAUGAGGACGUUCGUGCGGUACGCAACGCCGCGCCGCACCCAAUUGUCCUGAAGGCGAUUCUAGAGGCGUCUGUACUUGAGAAGGAUCAGCUUAUCGAUGCGACGAUCGUGUCGUGCAUGGCCGGCACGGACUACAUCAAGACAAGUACUGGCUGGAAUGGCGGUGCGAGUGCUGAGCAAGUUACGCAGAUGGGCUAUGCGGCCAGUAUGUGUGGGCGCACGUGCUUGAUCAAGGCUAGUGGUGGUAUACGCAGUGCUGCGGAUUUAUUGCGUAUGCUUAAAGCUGGAGCGCAGCGCAUUGGGACUAGUUCUGGGGUUAAGAUUAUGAAGGAGAUUGAUGAGGGGGAGGUUCUUGAACAGGGUUGUGGUCAUGCCACGGCAUGA